UCGACAUAAGAUCCCUAUUUUUUUCUUCUGGCAGCGUAAAAAAGAACAAAACGGGGCAAAGAUUUUAUUUUAUUCAAGUUUAGUUAAAUUCCUCAUUUGCCAAUCAAUAUGGAAUGUGUAAAUGAACCAGAAGAAGGGGAAAUUAUUGAUGACUAUGAGCUUAUUUCCUCCGAUGAGGAGGCUGGCAUGAGGCAACGUAUAAGAGAGCUCGAGGAAAAAAAUGCUGAGAUUGAAUGUAUAAGCCUGAUAUCUCGAAGUUAUGAUAUUGAUCGGGCAGCCCGCAUUCCCACAGACGUCUCUUCCAUAUCUUCGACAGAAUUUAAGACACCCAGAAAACAUAGACGCCAUAAUAGAAACAAAGAACAUAAAAAGAAAUCCUGCCACCACCAUCAUAAUCAUCGACAUGAGAAAAAGAUAACGCGCAACCGUAAAACGCGAUGCAAACGAAGAGAAAAGCAAAAACAUGAUAAAUAUGCCUACAAAGAAUUUGGAGACAAAUUGGCCUUGGAAUCCCCGGAUUCCUUGGAUGAGUCCAGCUUAUCUUCCUCUUCGCUGACGGACAAUGAGUUGUCCACACGCUUUGCAUAUGCAAGUAAUCUAAGGGGGGAGAAUGGUUAUCAUCAUCACCAUAAUUCUGAUAUGCGGGACACAUUGCGUUUAGCUGUAUCAAGGCAUAGAAAAAAUUCUGUUGGACAGCUAAAUCCAAAGAACGGCUUGAAAGAGAAAUUGUUUACAGGCAGUCGGUUUAGUGCACCAAAUGCUGGUGAAAAUAUCAUCAAUGACGAUGAUGACAUUAGAUUUGUAGACAUUGAUGAUGAUGACGAUGAUGCUGUGGAGAUUUGUGAGCCCGUGAAUGACAUACAUAUUGUACCUGAUGAGUCUUCGGACUCUUUGGAGGAAAAAGAACUGCGCCUUAUAGCCUUGAAGUCGGCUAUGUUAAAAAAACAUAUGGAACGUAAGAGGCGUAAUGCCGAAGCUGCUUAUUCGCCCACAGAUUUUGAUGAAAUGUUGCCACACGAUGAUAAAUUGGCCGACAUUGAUGUUAUUGACUUGGAGGAGGACGAUUCUCAAAUUGCUUGCGGAACAGCAAGCCCCAUAGCUUCACCUCAACUAAUGCUAUUGGAGGGCCAAGAUGAUAGUACUCAAAUGGUCGACUGUAAGCCCAUAGAUAUGGACAUAGCUAACAGUGAUAGUGAGGGUGCUUCUGGAAAUCUAUGGAGUACCAUGGAUAUUCCUCCCCACACAAUACCUUUUCCUGCCUAUCCCCCCAAAGAUAUGAGUAAUACCUAUUCGUAUGGCCCUGUGGGUGAUCUGUAUAUAAAUGAGUUUCCCAUGAAUGCCAUAAAUCCACCACCACCGGGUGUAGAUGAUUAUGAGGAGCUUAAGAAGCCCACGGUUGAUUAUCAAAAGUUUCCGGAAACGGAAAUGCAAGAUAUGGAGGUGGAAAGUGAAUUUGAACCAAUUGUAUCAUACCCUUGCAGCGGCUCUGAGAGAGCAGUGUCUGGUACAUUGCAAGAAUUAAAUGUAAAUUCCAAUGGUGCAUCAUUACAUUCCAAUCCUGCUAAUGAAGACGACUUGCAGGAGGAGGAGGAAGAGCUUGCUCUGAGAGCAUUAUUAUUAGCCAAAUUUCAAUCACCCAAAAAUCAAAAGAAAUUCUCAGUGGCCGAAACAAAAGAGAAUACCUCAAAAACUUUAAAGCCGAAUGGCAUGGAAAAGAAUUCGAAAAUUAUCAAACCCACGGAAGCCAUUCUAAAAGAGGCUGUAAAACGUCUGCAAAUACAUUCACAACAAGAAAGCCAACAAGAAGCAUUUAACAGUACUAACUUUACAACCACAACAACACGAGAGCAUGAGGCCAAAAAUAACAACGUCAAGAAAGAAGUUGAUUUUAUCGCCGAUAUACCUUUACCUUGGAAUCAGCCCUUCUAUGCCGUUAAAGAGGAAAAAGAUUUUCAAAAUAUUCCAUUACCUUGGGGGGACCAAAAGAGCCAGGAAAUUAAAGCACCCAAUGAAGCUGCCAAAGAGUUUUCCUCUGUAGCCUUGGCAAGCUUACAAAGAAAGGCACAACAGCUUAAGUGUCACAAUGAAAUGGGGGAAGUGAAACCAGCUCCUCAAACUAUUGACAACACCAGCCUUCAUUGCCAUGCGACAUGUAAUAGCAAUCAGUUGCAAAAUUUGGACGAAGAUAGUAGGAGACGACUGCAAAAACUCAAAGAAGAAAUAUUAUCAGCUACAAGAAUGAACGACUUCAAGCCUGAAGAUCAUGAUAUUAGUCAGCAAAUGAAGCAUGAACAUUCCAAUUCUGUGAGUCGUACAAAUACCCCUGUAAAUGAGGUGGAGGAUACAAACUGUAGCACUCAGGUUCCGGAUCAAAUACCAGAGAAAUGUGUGAAUGAUUUGGAAAAUCAUUCUUCUACCAAUGUGAAAGCAAAGGAUUAUGAUCAGCCUUUCUCAGAAACGUCUAAUUCGUUGCUGGUUCAGGCUGACAAUAGUUUGAACACUUUAAAGACAAAAACACACAGUUCAGUCUCCAACAACGUAGAACAAGUGGAAGUAGCCAAACCAGACAAAACAGCUCUUAAGGAGAAUAAUGUCAACAGCGGAAACAAAAAGACUCAAAAGGCCACUGCAGAGAUAUCAGCCAAUAACAAUAAAACCUCUCAAGCUGCUAACAAAAAGAUUACAAAGGUCCAACCUACAAAAACAGCUACUGUGAUGAAAAUUAAAGAAACCAAAACAACCCAAAAUCAGAAAACCCAUGCAACUGCUAGCAUUUCUUUGCCUCUUAUAACAGUUACAACUUCUAAUGGUAGUAGCCUAACAAAAACCGCGACAUUGCCCACGUAUUCCGUCAUGAGAACAACAAAAAUUGUAAAGCCCAAUAAAGUUAUAAAUCGCAAUAUUGAAAAGAGGAAGGUGGUGUUGGUUAAGUCAGACCCUAAUCAAACUUCACUGACCCCACCAACAAAGAUACAAAAACUGGAUACUCCAAUCAGCAAUGCUAUAGCACAAAAUAACAAAUCCAUAGACACUUCGCGUCUGAUUACUUCCAUGGAUCAGGUGAAGCAUAUGUGCAACGUUGCUCAACUGGUGAUUAGUGUACAAAAUUCGUCCAAUGAAUCUAGCGAUGAGGAGUGGCUCAACUGUGAUGCUAUGUAUAGGCCUUUAUCCGAGUACAAUGACAUUGCAAGUCCUUUAAGUUUGAAUAUGGAGGAAAGUCCUUGUCUUACACCCAGAUCAAAGUCGCCAAUUAAUAUUGCUGCGGCUACAAAUAAGGAAAUGGAUGAGAGUAUGAGGAAAAAGCAUUCACCGGUGAUGGCCCCGGAGAAAAUUAUGACACCCGCAACACCAGUUACUGUUCAAAUGGAAAAGACUGCUCAAAUUAGCACUCUUAAUACACCAGUUGCUGUGCGUCAUUUGCCAGCCUCGGUCCAGGAUGAAUAUCGAAAGUUGGUUCAUCGUAUGAAAAUGCUAGAAAAUCAAAGACACAAAAAAGAAUCAUUAGUUUCGGAGGAAUCUAAGUCGCAGGCAGCAACAUCAGCUCAGUUGGAUUCGAAAACAGAAAGUGAAGCUCCUUCGACAGCUAGCAACAGAUCUAGUCUGGUAAAGAAAGUGCUUUUACGCAAUACCAAUAAGCCUAGCAGUAGUAGUAACACGCCCGAAGAAAUGGAUAAAAGUUCCAAUGAAGCCCCUGUUCCAACUAGAGCUCACAAAGCGAAUGUACUACGCAACUAUGAGAGUUUAUAUGCUAAAAUCGGAUCGGGUAUUGUUAAUCAUCUGGAUAAAUCGUUACAUUUGGUUGAGGAGGCCAAAAAAGCCAAAGUGAAAAAGCUCAAACUAGAAGAACGACUGAAAGAACUCAAGGCUGAAAUGGAUUUAUUACAAACACAACAUAAAGAAGAAGAGAAGAAGAUGUCGCACAUUUAUCCCAGUAUAUGUAGCACAAAUGAAGUCAUAACAUCACUAAAACAAAAACGUUCCAAAAUCUUGAAAGCGGCCAUAGGAUUGGGAAAAUCUCUCAAGGGCGAUGACUAUAGAUUAAAUAAUGAUCUAAAACAGAAUAUAAUGAGCAAAACCAAACUGUUAGCAGCUAAAAUUAAAUUGGUAAACUCGCUAAAGGCUGCCAACAUUAGUAAACUAGUGGAAGAUGAUGAUCAUGGUGACAAUGAUGCAAAUGUACCCAGUAAAAAAGUGGAAGUGCAUAUAAAUACUGAGGCAAAUAGUUUGAAAGGUGUUGAGGAAGAGCUAAAGGUUAAACAAGCCGUCGAAGAAAAUCCACCUUUGCCGCAACCUGUGGACAGUGAUAAAAGCAAACGGGAAGAGCCCAAUUUGGAAGAUAUAAAAAAAGAAGGCGCUAACACAGAAGUGCGUUCUCUCACAAAGACAUCAACAACAUUACAGGAUGCGACGACUAUUGCUCUAACGCCUGAGGCCCCAUCUAAUGAAAAUGACAUAGGAAGAGAGAGAGAUGAGGAUAAAACAGCAGUGCUAGAGAUUGAAAAUUCUAAAACUCUCAAAGAGCAAAUUGAGGCCGAAGGGAAUAUGCAAGAAAUGGCCAACGAGAAGGAAACUCUCAGCAAGCUGUUGCCUUCGUAUAUUUCGCCCUUGGAACACUUGCGUUGCAACAAUGAUGGUAUCAAGGAUCCCAAUGGCGUUAUUUGUCCCUAUGAUCUCAUGGGUAAUUGUGAAGAUGUCAAUUGUAAAUAUGUUCAUAUAUCUCAGCAGGUGGAAAGUAAUAAAAUAAGUGAAGGUGAGCCAUCCUGAAGGGAUGAAUGCUCUUUGGGUCUAACGCAAAAGGUGAACAUUUGGGUAAGUUAUAACUAUAACCAUGAACUUUACCUAUAACCUGUAAGCAUUUUUAAAGCAAAUCCAAAAACUAAGGCUUUUUAUUGCCACUCCCACAAAAAACACAUAUAUCCUCUCAAGAACUGAACUGAAUACAAAACAAAUGCAAAUAUCAUCGUUUUUUACAAAAUCAGUGUCUUCUGUUAGUUCAUGCUAGUUUUUAGUUACACUGUUUUCUUUUUUUUUAUAUUUUUGUAUAUUUAUUGCAAAUUGAAAUUAUUUUUCCUCCCCUUUUAAUUAUUGUUUGUUACACUUGUUGAUCAUACCUCUAUUCCUCUGAAUAUCCCCUAUAUAAAAAAAAACAAAAAAAACCUAAGGUGCCAUUUGAAAAAGAGAAUUAUUACAUAUAUUGUGUUAUUUUAUCCUUCAUCCUUGUUAUGCAUAUUAUUGCCAUUGAUCCUCCCCAUCUACUAUUCGCUCUCCCUGUUAACAGCAAGACACUUGAUUUUCUCUAUACAAUAUACAAACUAAAACUAAAGAAAGGAAAGAAAAUGAGAUAUUUAUAUAUAUACAAAACAACAAAAAAAAAAAACGAAAGGUUUUACUAUUUUGUAAUGUUAUGUUAAGAAAAAAUAUAAAAAAAAUCCAAAAAAAAAAAACGUAUAGUUGAGAUUUUCCCCUGGUCCAAAACA